AUGUAUUAUUUGUUCCAAGAACUUUAUUUGGUUUAAAGUCCUUCAAAAAAGAUAGAGAAUCUUUUGGUUAAAGUUUUUUUAAUUAAAAGAUAGGAAUAAAUUUAGAAUAUAAUAGUAAAAUUGAAAAGGAGUAUGGCAAUAGCAAGAACUGAACUAGUUAAAGUAAUAGAGUCAUAUGAUUGUAGAUUGACUAUUUAUAAAAGAGCAGAAAAGGUUAGAUCAUAGUAAUUGGAUAGAUAAAUUCUGAGUAUGCCAGAAUAAAAGAAAUAUUGGUAAUAAGACUUACAUUUUUUUUAAACAAAAUAAAUAGCUUUGAUAAUUUUGGUUGUGUACUCAAUGAAUCUUUGAUCUACAAUCAUUGGUAAAUUGUCAUAUUUUAAUGAGGUUAGGAGUAAUUAUGCUAAGUA